ACUAUAAUUACCGUAAGUUUAUGAAUUUUCGUAAUAAUAAAAAAAGAAAAAGUAGACGCAUAAACAGAAAAAGGAUAUUUUGGGCGAACCCCCGGCGAAUUCCCGCAGAAAUCCAAUCGAGGGUUUUUCAGUACACUAAGUCAUAGAACAGCGACAGAAGAAGAAAAGGAGAUAAGAAGAAGAAGGUUUUUUGCAGAUCGGCAAAAAUGGUGAAGACAACGAAAGGAGGCAAAGUCAUGAAUCCUACUGAUGCUUACCGCAAGGAACUCCGCAAAAAGGAAUUAAAAAGGAACAAGAAAGAGAGAAAAAAGGUCCGGGAGGUGGGCCUGUUGAAGAAGGAUCCUGACCAGAUCAAAGAUCAGAUUCAAAAAUUGGAGGUGAUGAAGGCUGAAGGUGCACUCGACAAGGCAAGGAAGCAUAAGAAAAGGCAGCUUGAGGACACUUUAAAUCUUGUUAUGAAGAAGAGAAAGGAGUAUGAAGAAAAAAUGAAGGAGAAGGGCGAGGAACCAGUAAUGUUCAGCCAUUUGGGACCUGUACGUAGACGGACAUCGGCUGAAGAAGACGAUAGAGCAAAGCACCCACAGCCUGAAGACUCUGUUUAUUAUCAUCCAACACUGAAUCCCACUGGAGCACCUCCCCCAGGGAAACCUCCUAUGUACAAGUCUUCUAUAGGGCCUCCAAUUUCUUUGUCAGAAGCUUCCACAUCUACAGAUGCUGGGCCUUCAGCAGGUCCUGAUGAUGUUGAGUUGCCUGCGCCACCUCCACCUCCUCCUUUACCACAAGUUGGCGAUCCUGAUGCCAUAAAUACUAUUGAUACGCCUGUUUCUCUACCCUUACCUCCUCCGCCACCAAUGCCUCCCAACCCUGCAGGUUCAAAUUUGGCGUCUGCAUUGCCUCCACCACCACCACCUGGUCCUCCUCCUAGAGAACAAAUUGGGAUUCGUCUUCCCCCACCGCCUCCACCCCAUCAGUCCAUACCGCCUCCACCACCAGGCUCUUCUGAUAGUGAGAGGGAUAGUAAUAGAAAUUUAGUUCUGGAUGGGGCUUCUUCAAAAGAUAUGCAGGUCUCAAAUAUGCUCCCGCCACCACCUCCACCGCCUGGAUUCCCUCCUAAGUCACUUGAAAGUCAGUCUGGUGCUGAACAUGAUAACAAAAAUUUUGAAAUGGGAAAAGAGCCUCUAAAACUGAUUCCUCCUCCACCACCAAGGCAGCCUCCAGGACCUGUAGCAUUCCCGACAUUACAGCCUGAUGUAUUACCUCCAGGUAUAUCAAGAUUCCCUCCACCUCCUCCACCAGAAAUGAGGCCACCAUUAUCUGCUUCUGGGGUUCCUGGGCCGCCUGCACCCCCUGGUAUGGUACCACUUAUGCCAAGGCCACCAUUUGGUCCUUCCCCUGGACCACUGCCUAUGAUGAGACCUCCACUUCCACCAGGUCCACCACCAAUGAUGCUACAGGAGGAUGUAACUGCAAUGAGACCAACUGUUCCACAAAAACCGUCUUAUGUUAAGUCAGCUGCACCCACUGUCUUAAAGAGACCUCUUGCUCAGCAUACCCCUGAGCUUACAGCUAUGGUUCCUGCAUCUGUACGUGUUAAAAGAGAGUCUGCUCUUCCGAAGUCAAAACCAAAAGCAUCUACAAGCACAGCUAUCAAUCAGCCGCCUGUGAUUUCAGUUCCAAAACCAGAAUCAGUUACAAGUGCACCCGCACUUAAACCACAGAGCAUUGACGACUCUUAUAUGGCCUUCUUGGAGGACAUGAAAGCACUUGGUGCUCUAGAUAGUUAAAACACCUUUCGUCCGAAGGGAUGCAUGAUGCUCUGAAGUUACAGGGGUUCAUGGUUGAUUUGGAACUUUUGCUUGUGAGCUGAGUAUUUGUCAACGUCUGCAGCAGUCUAAUGUUUUAGAAGUACACCAUUUAUGUAUGCUUUGAUUGAGAUUCUAAUUUUUGGUGUAAUUUUCUCAAACUGCUCCUUGAACCAAAUGGAGUAUAACUUUUUCUUUUACAUCUAAUAACAAUUUUUUCUCUACUGCUCUCCAAUUUAUUGCAGUUUUUUUCUGUAAACAACUACUCCUAUUAUUUUAGGGUGCAAAGGAGUUUAAUGGCUAAGAAUCAUCUAUAUGAUUUACUGCGCACUUAAAAGGCUUUCGUAUUGAAAUCGACGAAGAGGGAUGAAAGAU